AUGGAACCUCUACCAAAUCCUAAGAACGAUAGACAAGUGAAAGAUGUGGAACCCCCACCAGCCAAGCCACUGAGCCUGGAACUCCUCUACCCGAACGGAACGGAUGAGCCGCCAGACUACAAGGCGUUAAGAGACCAUCUAAAGAAGGAGGGGCGUAUCCGAAAGGAAGAUUGUCUAGACAUAAUAAAAAAGGUUAUCGAUAUAGUGAGCAACGAGCCAAACUUAUUGAGACUUCAAGACCCAAUAACUAUUGUCGGAGAUAUACAUGGACAGUAUUACGACUUCCUAAAAUUGUUGGAAGUGGGAGGAAAUCCAGAAACCACACAAUUCCUUUUUCUCGGGGAUUAUGUCGAUAGAGGAUCCUUCAGUAUAGAAGUACUCUUACUUCUUUACGCCUUAAAAAUUAAUUAUCCAAAUAAAAUUUGGUUAAUAAGGGGAAAUCAUGAGUGCAGGCAGAUGACAUCCUUCUUUAAUUUUCGAGACGAGUGUGAAUAUAAAUAUGAUAUGGUAGUUUACUAUGCCUUCAUGGAAUCCUUCGAUACGAUCCCCUUGUCGGCUGUAAUAAAUGGAAAGUUCCUUGCAGUGCAUGGAGGGUUAUCUCCACAACUAGUAUUGCUAAAUCAGAUAUGUUCAUUUACAAGAUUUCAAGAACCCCCUAGGUCAGGUAUUUUCUGUGAUAUUUUAUGGUCUGAUCCAAUUGAUGAAGACAAGGAGGAACAUACCAUCCAGACAGAGUCGUACUUCCCAAAUGACAUUCGAGGGUGUAGCUACUUCUUUGGAUACAAUGCUGCUACGACCUUCCUGGAGAAAAACGGAUUACUCUCCAUCAUAAGAGCACAUGAAGCACAAUUGGAAGGAUACAAAAUGCACCAAACGAAUUUGAAAACAGGAUUUCCUAUAGUCAUCACUAUUUUUUCAGCUCCGAAUUAUUGUGAUGUAUACAACAAUAAAGGAGCGGUCUUAAAGUUCGAUAGCAACACCCUUAACAUACAACAAUUUAGUUUUUCACCACAUCCUUAUCACCUACCUAACUUUAUGAAUCUAUUCACCUGGUCCCUUCCUUUUGUCAGUGAAAAAGUUACAGAAAUGCUUUACUCUAUUUUAAACUCCAGCGUGAAUCAGUCAGAUGAUGCAGUGAAGGAUAUAGUUCUUCCAACAGAGGUACUGCAAAUUAUUAAUUACAUUGAAGAGAAUAAUAUAAAGUUGGAAGAACUAAGUCUCCGUAAUGCGGGUGCAAUGGAUGGGCAGGGUAACUCUACCGAAGGGGGGGGACGACCCUCCUCCUCCUCCUCUCAGAGAAAGGAAGCCCUUUUCAAGGAUGGAUGCUUCUAUAGUGAUGCACCUUCCAAGGAGGAAACCUUGGAUGGAUCUCAUUCUGCUGGUGCUGCGUCUACUAACCAGAUCGAUACCCACGGAGAGCAACCCACUCACAUGCACACCGAUGAUGCACAGGCGUCGAAGGAUCGAUCCGAUGCGCUCAGGAAAAAGGUUCAAUCUGUUGGUCGUUUGAUGAGGGUCUUCAGGACCCUGCGCAAGGAAAACGAAUUGAUUGUUCAACUCAAGGGAUGUAGCCCUGGGUACAGAAUCCCCGUGGGCCUGCUCCUCCAGGGCAAGGAGGGUCUAGAAAACGAGUUGGAGAAAUUCACCAAGGCCAAGCAGAUUGACAGUAUAAACGAGAAGCGCCCACCGAAUGAGUAG